UUCUCAUAGAAGUUUGUCAGGUCAUAAACCUGAAUGAUUUGGUUGACCGCUGCCUGUGAACUUGUUUCUACACACUCAAUUCAUCUUCACAUUGGAAGGUUCUUAUUAUCUUAAAAAUUGAUGCUGAACCUCCUUUCUUCUCAUUACAUAUAGGUUUGGCAAACUUUACCUGACUAGGCUUUUAAAAAUCAUCGAGUUAUAGAACUAAUACAUCUAGCUGUUUAUGAAGGAUAACUCCAAGACUCCCCAAUUUACUUAUUGCAAGGUUUUUUUCCCCCCUAGUUGUCUGUGCUAAACUGAUGGUUAUUUAGGAGAAACUUCAUAAGUAGAUCAAAUUCAUAAACCUAGAUCACCCUGCAUCUCCAUGGUUUCUGUGCAAUCUGAAUUUAUGUCCAGUUCUUUGAAUGUUUGUACUGACACAAAAUAUGUUUCUGUGCAUCUCCAUGGUUUUUGAGAGAUUAUUAAUUGUGGUAUUUUCCUAUGCACCCAAUAUGUGCUGUACACUAUAGGGUUUAUCUUAGUAAAAGUUAAAACAGUUUAUAAGGUAGCCUGAAACUUUCACUCUUGAAAACAGAGUGAAAUGCUUAUGUCUAAUAAGAACUCCUUGUAAGAUAAUGAAGUGUUCUUGUGCUUCAAGUUUUGCUUGAUAUGCAGGGCAUUUUACGUGGAUUUUGUAUCACGAGCAUGCAUUAGUGGUUUCAGCUGCAUAGUUUGUGGGCUCAUAUGUGUUGGAAAAUUACAGAACACAAGCAAGUUUGAGUAUUCUAGUAACAAAAAAUAAUAUAAUAAAACUAUGAAGGUAUAAAAAAUGGUGUGUGCAGACAAUAAGCUGUUUCAGCAAUCUGAAAUGUGAGUCUGUUGGGCUUGGUCUGUUACAGUUUUCAAUUUCCCUUUGUUGGUAUGGUUGGUAGGAUUGAGUCCAUGAUAUUUUGACCCUUGAAUAGAUGCCAAUGCAAACCUUCGUGGGUAUUGUAGCUUUGAACCCAUGACCUCAAUGUUGGUAGUCCAAACAGUAGGAGCACAAUGCUUGACCCAAUUACCUUCAAUAUAUUACAGCAACUGCAUUUGGAUGCUUCCAUUAUUUUCUUAUUGGGCUCAUGUAUCCGUGAAGUGAAUUGGCAGGCUGCUCUUGAGGAUGCCCAUGUUCUGGUUGGUGAUGACAUCAACUGGGUUUUUAGGCCUUGCCAUCAGCUUCACUUCAAUGUGGUUUCUUCAUCAGACGGGUGCUACUACAUACAGAACAUUGGGAAUUCCAGGUUGGCUCUGUCGGAAUUUCUGCCAGUGAUGAGUUGUGGGUGGCCUGCUACAUCCUUGAGAUAACUCAUUGAAGCGCCAAGACGUUUGGAUUUUGUGGUCAAUCCAUGGUUUCAUGGCCAUAUAAAAUGAGAAUGGUACGUAAUUAUCCAUCCAAGCUCAAAAUUAAUUAAUUCGCAUUAGUAUGAUUUAUUUCUGAUUCUAUGUGGAAGUUCCUGACGACAACUUUGUGCUUUUCGGCUUUUCCCUGGCUUUUGCUUUCUUUUUUAUUUAACCAUUUGUUUGUAGUUGUCAAUCAAAAGAUUAGGAACUUCCAGUGUAUAAGCUUACUCAACCCACACUGAGAUCCAUCAAAUUAAUAGUCUGGAUUAUCACAUACACUGCUUGUAUGGAACUAACCCAAGACGGUUUUCACACCCCAAUGCAUCACGGCCCAUUACUUUUGUUCUAUUUCUGAGUUGUUUUAGCAUAUAUGGUAGCACAUCAUUUUUGGAUUUUAGUUUGUUUAUAUGUGUGUGUG